AUGUUUCGAUACGAUGACAGCGCAGCGAUAAAAGAUACAUAUCUUCUCGACUACCAGUUGAAUUUAUAUGGUUCACCUGCUGUGGACUUGUAUUAUCUUCUGCUAUCAUCAACUACUGUGGAUGUUAAAGUUAGUCUUUUCGAAUAUUUCGUUUCAUUCUACCAUGGGGAACUGGUGAAGUGCUUGAAAUUGCUGAAAUAUGGGGAGAAAAUACCGACACUCAGGGAUAUCCACGUAGCCCUCUACAGGCACGGAAAUUGGGCUUAUAGUAUUGUCAGCGAUUUGUUGCCUAUCAUACUAUCAGACCAAAGCGAGGACAUCAACGUAGAUGUUUGGCUGGAUGACAAGAAUGCGGACAUGCGAAGGAAGAUGUACCGUAGUCAGCGCUACAUUGACCACAUGACACAACUGCUUCCAUGGCUAGAGACUCGCGGGUUAUUGGAUUUCAUACCUGAGGGCGAAGUAUUUUAACACGCAAGGAGGAUAUAUACUUUUUUCUAAUGAAUCUUAAAUGAGAUAAAUAUUAAUUAAUUCAAUAAAACUCUUUCUAUUACUAUUUCCAGCAGUAAAAUUAAA